GAGACCUGACAAGUGCCAUGCGCGACGCCGAAUCUGUUGUAGUACUGGACAACCGAAACCCUGAUGUAUACUGCAUCAGAGCUCUAGUACGAAGUUCCAGGAAUGAGGAAAAACAGGCUCUCCAAGACCUCGACUUCGCCCUCGGCUUCUCCCCUGAUCACGUGGCCUGUCUCGUGGUACGCGGAGCCAUCACUAGACCCCUGGCUGAGAAGUUGAAUCCGGACUCCCAGUCCUACUUCAACGUGGACACAUUCAGUCACCCUCAUAUACUGGACUUUUAUGACAGGCUGCUGGUGACUCUUUUAGUGCCACACACUAUCACAGAGAUCAACUUAAACCCUGACAAGCCGAGCAAAAAACAAAUAGAGUCAAAUGUUGAACUGAGCAGAUUGGAAUCCAGUAGCCCUACAAGAGCGGGAUCCACGGAGAGACUUGAACCCUUCCGCUGCGGAACACCAGCAGGUGGGGAUAACGUGCUUGCAGCUCGGCGUCGACAUGACUAUGGAGAAGCUGUGAGGAAGCAUAACGCCCGGCCGAAAACAGCAGCUGAUUACAUGGCGCUGCUGGAGAAACAGCGUAAACUGAAGGCCGCCUCUGUCCCUCGAGCACUCUCUGCUCGCCAGUGCCCUUCCCAAACCUACUGCGAUGUCACCGGAAGUGCACUUCCGGCUACGACAGACAGAACGGUCAGUGGCAGGCGGACCAAGACGGCUUCUACAAAGAUGUUUAUCUUUGACAUUCCUACCAACUACAGUAUACCAGUCUUUCAGCCUGUGAACGUUUCCGAAGCUCCACGCAUGUACUACAGACCUUGGCGAGGUGACAAGCUUCCGGUAGGAGACGUACCACAUCCGGAGUCAGCACUGCCCUUCUACUGACCUACUUUUGCAUCUCGAAUAAGGCUUCCUUGUAGAGCUUGCAACGAAUUUCCGACUUCAUAGACAACAGUAAAUGUAAUUGUAGAAGUGUUACGCCUCCAUUGACAACAUUUAGAUUAUUUAGGGGGUAGGCUGAUCCGACCCUGCCUGUCAGAGCCAACCCAGGUUGAAAGCUAUUCAAUGUCCCAGCACAAAGAUGGAGAUACUGGAUACAAAUUUUCCCCGCACGGCAGUCCAACUCAUGUCUCCUGCGUGCGACGGCGAAGCGCUUAAUCACUUCACGAAAGACCCCUGUAUAGACGGCCUGUGACAUUAUAUGAUGCCAGUUCACUUUUCACUCAAAAGUCAAUGAAUGAUUUAUGCCGUGUUUAUUUGAGUAAAGAGAACUUGGGGGAGCGGGGGGUUACGGCGCUCGCAAUUGCAUGAGGACAUAUAAGGGAGCGGGGCACAUUUAGCGUCGUCAGUUUGGUAGGAAAUAAUUUUGGAUUUUGCCCGGAUGGUGGCCGAAGCCUACUCUUAUCAAGGUUAGAAUCACGCAUCAAUCGAUCUUUACCGUGUGCAGCUUGCACACGGGACAUCCGGUAUUUUUCGCCCUUUUCCGAGAAAGUUGGGUGUUCAAUCUUACCUAUCCCAAGAUCAGGGGUUUGGCUGACAGACAGCAGUAAGAGGAGCCAAUGAGUAACUGUAGAAAGGAAGCAGAAAG